CCGAAUCCGAGCUAGUACCAAUGGCGGUGAGAGAGAGGAUAUGUCUUCAUUUAUCUUCAAAUAUCGGCGCUAUCAAGCCACUGAGAAAGUCUUCAGUUCACCGCGUCAGUUUGUACGAGUCAGUGGUGUGGGUGGCUGCUGCUCUCCGCGUCUUGGUCAAAGGAGAUCUAUAAUGGCGUGGCCCCGUCUGUGUCUUCCCGCUCUCCUCCUCCCGUCACUGUUGCUGCUACUACUGCUGCAGGGGAGGCGGGCAGACGGACAGGUGGUGCUGCCUGGACGUUGCCCUUCUAUUCCCUCCAAAAAGGACUUCGACCCUGAUAAAUUCCUGGGCGCGUGGAAUGAGAUCGAGCGGUACUUUGUGUCCUAUGAGCAUCUGGCGGGGAUCUGCUGGGUGGAGAACUACCUCUUUGAAGCAGACCGAGGCUACUACACCCGGCUGGAUUGGACGGACAGGCUGUUGGGUCAUGUCAACAGUAUUGAGAACGCGCUUACCUUUGAUGAGAAGGAACCAGGAAGACUCUCGUAUGUUGUGGAACAACCCAACAUCCCCUUCUUGAGGGGGCAGUACCAGAUCCUGGAGACUGACUACACCCACUACGCCCUGGCCUGGCAGUGCAAGGACCUCCCCCUCGGUGUGGCCCACACUGAGAUCCUGUGGCUGCUGUCCAAGAUGCAGAUCCCAACGGCAGUCACCAUCCAGCAGGCCAAGGAGGUUGCCACAUCGCUCGGCCUGGACACCUCCCUCCUCAUACGGCAGGACAGAACGAGGUGCAUUAACAACCAUCAGUAGUGAAGACAAACAACACUUGCAUCAAUCACUAAUCAUGGGAGCUACCGAAGUAAAGCACCAUCCAAGGUCACCUGCCACUUUGGAAACCACAACAAUACAACAAGAGUGCAUUAGAUUAGUUU